CCAUCAGCCAGUUCUCCCUAGACUGUAACAGCAAACAAAUUCAGCCCAAGUAUGCAAGAGAAGCUGCAAUGGUUGCAAAUCAAAUUGUUUGGAACAUCACCCCAUUGAUGCACCUAUAAUGAAAGGAAUAAAAGCGGGAUGUAAAAUAAAACAUCAUAAAGUUUGGACAGUUUAAAAUUAAUUUCACCUUCAACAGUUGAAAUCUUAUUUUGGAAACACCGUACAGAAUGUACUGAACAAUACACAGCAUCAUGAUCACUAUAGUACACAUCUCGUACUUGAACUACUACAUCACCGCUUAUCUAGUGUAUCAACGUCACUGCAGAGUAUGAUAACAUGAUUACACAUUAAUUGACAAAUAAAUGAUUUACUGUAAGAAAUACAAGUUUGUGAUAAAUACACGCCUCUUAGUUUUCUUCGGGGCACAGAAUCAGGCCGGACCUGCUAUUGGAUUCCAUACUCAUUAUGGCGGAAAAUACGGCACCUUCUCAAUAUUAUGUCUUCAAUGGAAAUAGAGCUAGAGCUUUUUACAUGGCCUGUCUCCAUUUUUGGGGGGCUUAGAACACCACUCGUUGAGAGAUCAAACUGCACGAAUUAGGCUUUUGACUGAUAGCUGGUGCUGGUGUUUGACCUGGAGGAAAAUACGGCACCUUCUCAAUAUUAUGUCUUCAAUGGAAAUAGAGCUAGAGCUUUUUACAUGGCCUGUCUCCAUUUUGGGGGGGCUUAGAACACCACUCGUUGAGAGAUCAAACUGUACGAAUUAGGCUUUUGACUGAUAGCUGGUGCUGGUGUUUGACCUGGAGGUAAUAAAGAAUGUGGUGCAUCAAACACUUCCUGCCCCUGGUGGAUGUUGUACUUCCUCUGAAUGGCGGUAUUAUUGUUAGUGUAAAAACAGAGGUUGUGAGUACAGGAAGUUAAGUGCUCAAUAGUCUAAAUGUGGGUUUCCUGUCACUGAUAUCAACUUCCUUAGCCCUAGUACAUAAGUUUACAUGCAGUGUCGCUUAUAAUUUCAGUUGUUGCUAUAAGUAUACCAAUAGAGAUACUUAACUAUAAUGUCUCAAGCUGUUGUAGAUGUUCUUGUGAGAGUGAGUCAACUCAUAGAUAAUGUUAAAGCACGCAAUGCCUUUGUGAUAGCACCGGGUGUGAAUGGAGUAUUCAAGUCAGGGAAAGAUCCACUGAACAACAAUUCCCCUUUCAUUGAAGAGCCUGAGGCUAUCGAGCUGAUGAACGAGAUAAUGUCCGGCAUUGAAGUAAUCUUGAGUAGAAGAAAAUAUAUAUUUGACAAACUUGGUUCAAAGAUAGAUAGUGAUGUGGAUAUAAAACAGUUUGUUACUGGUUAUAUUAAUAAUCCAAACGACCAAGCACAUCUUAAAAGAAUCUUAGUUUCCGAGGAAAUUAUCUUUAAACUAUCUGCAUUUCAACAGUCCAAUCGCAUGUCUCUUUGCUCUAAAUACUGCUUUGAAAACGCUGCCGUAGAUGACUUUACGUGGGGGUUUGAAGCCGCUUGUGAAGUUAUAUCAGCUCAAUUAGCCAUGCAGCGGGUGGCCAUUGAAGUUUUAAGACGUGCCAUGACAAGAGGAUGUGUUUAUCAGUUAACAGUGGAGAAUUUUGGAAUUAAAGGAGAAAUGACAAUCACAAAAGACUAUGAUCACAACAUAAUAGCCGCUGAAGUAUCUAAAUUUAAUGAUAGAGUUGAUAAGCGUAUUGCAAGUUUUUUCAAUGAAGCGAAAGUAUUUUGGAACAACCGACAUGGUCAGAUUCGAAAAUUGACAGCAAUUAAUCUCGGUGAUUCACCUCCCACAGCCGUGUCCCAUGAUGGAGAUCUUUACUGGUUGUCUGCUAAAGGGGAGCUUCAAAAGUUUGUGAAUAGCACACAUCAAGAAGUUAGCAUCAAUGUAUUGCACAUGUGUUCACUGGUCUCGCACAAAGGAAAACUUUAUAGUGUCAGUAAAUUAGGGGGCCUGUACGAAUUGGACCUAGACUCGGGUAAGGCUACUUUUGUUAUUGAGCAACUGUUGUUCAAAAAUUGUGCAUCAAUGGUAAGCCUUGGCGAUUAUAUCUACAUCACACGAAGCACGUAUUUCUAUAAUUUCUACAAAGUCGAUCCCACAAACAAAAUAUAUCGAUGUCUGGGAAAUGAUUGGAAUGGAGCUAGGCUAGCUGUUGACACUAAUUUACUUUAUGCUCGCUGCAAUGGAUAUGUCUUUGACAGCAUUUACAGUAUCCACGACUUGUCAAUUGGUAUGCCUUCAUAUCGACUCAAGAGCCACGAAUGGAGUAUGGCAAGAGUGCCUAACAUUGUCAGCCAUGGAGACUUUUUGUACACACAAGGAAGUGACGGAGAUUUGUUCUUGGUGGACUAUGAGUUUGAUACGCUAAACAUCACACAAAAACACAAGAGACAUCCUUCCACACAAGUCACUCCUCUGGCCAGUCACGGCAUGAGUCUGGUGUGUCAGCACUUCAAUGACUGGAGGUUCCUGCCCCACAAAGAGAGAAGGUGCUACAUGGCAAUUGUAAGACCAGCAUGGACUCAACAUCCCAAGAACUGGUUUGAAAAGUUGUUGAGUGUUACUUCAAUACAUUAGUAUUAUGUAUACGUACAUGCAUGCAUGAAUAUUCAAUCUUAAAUGCAUCAUCAAGCAUUUAUUUUGUGGUCGUACUAUUAAUUUUUAAUGCUAA